AUUGGUUGUAUGAAUAGAAAAAAGAAGUGAUUAAAUCAAUUAACCUAGCAAAUAAUUUUAAUCCUCUUAUUAAAAAUAUUUAAAUCAGUGACCGGAGAUUAAUGUUUUAAAGUAGAUUUAGCGAAGGAUACUCCUAGAAGUUUAAGAAAAAAACAAAAAAACAAGUAUAAUAUUACAACAGACUUGGACGUACAGGCGUAAAGACAGACAUAAUAAAUUCAUCACUUGCAAUAAUGUGAUUAUUCUACACCAAUAUUUAAAAGGAUUUUUAAUAAACUUAACGGAAAUAUAAUUUAAAAAAUACAUUUAAAAAUGGCGGAUGACGAUUUUUUUGGUGCAAAACCGGACGUGACAAAAGAGCUUAUAAAGACGAAAGCCUCGAAUAAAAGCACGAGAAUGGAAUAUCUAAGGAUGAAAUCUGAAAUGUCAGUUAUAAACAGACAAGCGUCUUCAAUGCAUUCUAUACCCGAAGAGACAGCCAGUCGAAGAACAAGUGUAGUUUUACCGGAAGUUGUAAUGAAGGAACAGCAAGAGGAGCCAGAAGUGACGUCAUUUCCGUUUGUCGAAAGUACAAAUGGUGCCUCAAAGAGACGCGACAGUAACGUAAAAGCUAUAGACGCAAAGGAUAAUAUUGGACAUAAACACGGUGCUAAGCUAUGCACGCUAUCAGCGAUGGUCCAUAUGAAAAUCAUCGCGUCAAAAAGAGCUAAGUCCAUUAAACAACUUCGUAGAAAUCCGAAAACUACUUUAGAUGACAAAAAUAAAUUGAAUGAACUCGAUUCCGAUAGUGAUGAAAAUGACGAAAACGACGGCCCAUUAUCAUACCUAAAUAACUGCCGCUAUUUAAGAGGAACAAAAGAAGACCAGGAGCUGUCGAUUGAAGACAUUUUUGGUUGAUUUAUCUCUUUGAGAUAUUUUGAAUCUUAUACGUUCUAAGUAAAACAUGGCAGAUCGUUUUCAAUAAUAAUAUAAUGCAUAGAUAAUUAUCAAAGGGAGACCUCACAUUCUUUUCAAUUUCAUGAUUAUGUAGUUAUCGUUUUUUUUCUGUUAUUUUAUUGGUGUAGAAAAAUACUUUCCAAUAUUGCUAAGUGUAUAUAUGUUUCUGGUCAUACUUAUUUAUUAUCACAAUACAGAAAAUGUCGCCAACUUUAUAUGUUAUACUUACUUUAUUAUGUUUUUUAUUGUAAUAUUUUGUCAUCCCCUAUUGGUUAUUAAGAUAGUUAUUGCCCCAGUGCCCAUUUCUUCCAUCGUCGGUUAGCCAUGAUAUAUAUUCCGUACAUAACUACGAGGUUAUUAUUUUAUAUCAUAAUUUAGACGUAAAUUUAUCUAAAUACCGUAGUAUGUACGGAAUAUUUAUACCGUGGGUAAGCGACGAUGAUAUCUUCUUCUUAAUUUUUUUUUGUUUAAAAAGGAUACCUUUAGAAGUUUUAUAAUGCAUAGUUUGAAAACAUGUUAUAAAAGGCAUUGAAAGAUCUAUGUUUCCUGUUAUUAUAGCACAUGAUUUAUUGUUUACAUGCUUCUAUGAAAUUUAAUGAUAAUAUUAUAUGAAUUUAUUUGUUAUUUUUCAUGUUACUAUAUAAUUAUUGAUAUUUUUUUUAAUGAAAACGGAAACGUACUUCUUUCGUGAAAAAAGAGGUUAUUCAUUUUAAUUGCUUAUUUAUAUCAUUUAUUGAUGAUUUAUUUAUGAUUGACAUUUACGGAACACUAACACAGUAAAGAUUAUUUGGCAAACUCCCAGCUUAAUUGGCGGAGAAAACCUUUCAUAUUUGAGCCGCGCCUGACAAAACCA